CAGUAGCGGGGAUGGGGUGGGAGUGAGAGCGAGAGAGCGAGAGAGCGAGAGUGAGGACGCUAGGCUGGAGACCGAAGAGAAGCUGCUGCAAAGUCUCUGGUCUCGGCCACCCAGCGGGUCUGCACGCGUCCGCCGUAUGGACCAGCGUGGGCAGCAGGCUGCUUUCUGAUCUUGUCCCGCCGCCCUCCCCUCCUUGCAGACUCCCUGCAGUCCUUCUCCAAAGUGGCUUUAGCAGGCUCGAGGCUCCCUGAGGACAAGAACGCCUGGCCUGGAGUGCUUUACAGCGCACCAUGACCCUGCUGCUGCUGUCCCUCUUGCUGGCCUCUCUGCUGCAGCUCAGCUCUGGCAACAAAGCCAACAAGCACAAGCCUUGGAUCGAGGCAGAGUACCAGGGCAUUGUCAUGGAGAAUGACAACACUGUCCUGUUGAAUCCACCACUCUUUGCCCUGGAUAAGGAUGCCCCGCUGCGCUACGCAGGUGAGAUCUGCGGUUUCCGACUCCAUGGAUCUGGGGUCCCGUUUGAGGCUGUGAUCCUGGACAAGGCAACAGGGGAAGGCCUGAUCCGGGCCAAGGAGCCUGUGGACUGUGAGGCCCAGAAGGAGCACACCUUUACCAUCCAGGCUUACGAUUGCGGCGAGGGGCCUGAUGGCGCCAACACCAAGAAGUCUCACAAGGCAACCGUGCACGUUCGGGUCAACGACGUGAAUGAGUUUGCCCCCGUGUUCGUGGAGCGUCUGUACCGGGCUGCGGUGACGGAGGGGAAGCUGUAUGAUCGCAUCUUACGCGUGGAGGCCAUUGACGGGGACUGCUCCCCUCAGUACAGCCAGAUCUGCUACUACGAGAUCCUCACACCCAACACGCCUUUCCUCAUUGACAAUGAUGGCAACAUCGAGAACACGGAGAAGCUCCAGUACAGCGGCGAGAAGCUCUACAAGUUCACGGUGACCGCGUACGACUGCGGGAAGAAGCGGGCGGCGGAUGACGCCGAGGUGGAGAUCCAGGUGAAGCCCACCUGCAAGCCCAGCUGGCAAGGCUGGAACAAAAGGAUCGAGUAUGCCCCGGGAGCCGGCAGCUUGGCCCUGUUCCCUGGCAUCCGCCUGGAGACCUGUGACGAACCGCUGUGGAACAUCCAGGCCACGAUCGAGCUGCAGACUAGCCACGUGGCCAAGGGCUGCGACCGAGACAACUACUCAGAAAGGGCACUGCGGAAGCUCUGCGGUGCUGCCACGGGGGAGGUGGACUUGUUACCCAUGCCCGGCCCCAAUGCUAACUGGACAGCGGGCCUCUCCGUUCACUACAGCCAGGACAGCAGCCUCAUCUACUGGUUCAAUGGCACCCAGGCUGUGCAAGUACCCCUGGGUGGUCCAGCGGGGCUGGGCUCUGGGCCUCAGGAUGGCCUCAGUGACCACUUUACCCUAUCCUUCUGGAUGAAGCACAGCGUGACCCCGAGCAAGGGGAAGAAGGAGGAGGAGACCAUUGUGUGUAACACAGUCCAGAACGAGGAUGGUUUCUCUCACUACUCCCUGACUGUCCAUGGCUGCAGAAUCGCCUUCCUCUACUGGCCAUUGCUGGAGAGUGCACGUCCGGUCAAGUUUCUCUGGAAGCUGGAGCAGGUAUGUGACGACGAAUGGCACCACUAUGCCCUGAAUCUUGAGUUCCCCACGGUCACGCUCUAUACCGAUGGUAUCUCCUUCGACCCUGCUCUCAUCCAUGACAAUGGUCUCAUCCACCCACCCAGGAGGGAACCUGCGCUCAUGAUUGGGGCCUGCUGGACUGAAGAGAAGAACAAAGAGAAGGAAAAAGGAGGAGAAAACAGUACAGACACAACCUCAGGAGACCCCUUGCUGAUCCACCACUACUUCCACGGCUACCUGGCUGGUUUCAGCGUGCGCUCAGGUCGCCUGGAGAGCCGUGAGGUCAUCGAGUGCCUCUAUGCAUGUCGGGAGGGGCUGGACUAUAGGGAUUUCGAGAGCCUAGGCAAAGGCAUGAAGGUCCACGUGAACCCCUCGCAGUCCCUGCUCACCCUGGAGGGGGAUGAUGUGGAGACCUUCAACCAUGCCCUCCAGCAUGUGGCUUACAUGAACACCCUGCGCUUUGCCACACCCGGCGUCAGGCCCCUGCGCCUCACCACCGCUGUCAAGUGCUUUAGCGAGGAGUCCUGUGUCUCCAUCCCCGAAGUGGAGGGCUAUGUGGUGGUUCUCCAGCCUGAAGCCCCCCAGAUCCUCCUUAGCGGCACAGCUCAUUUUGCCCGCCCAGCUGUGGACUUUGAGGGACCAGAGGGGGUCCCUCUGUUCCCUGAUCUUCAGAUCACCUGCUCCAUUUCUCACCAGGUGGAGGCCAAAGCAGACGAGAGUUGGCAGGGCACAGUGACAGACACACGCAUGUCAGAUGAGAUCGUACACAACCUGGACGGCUGUGAAAUUUCUCUGGUGGGGGAUGACCUUGACCCCGAGCGAGAAAGCCUGCUCUUGGACACGGCAUCCGUGCAGCAGCGAGGCCUGGAGCUCACCAACACAUCUGCCUAUCUCACCAUUGCUGGGGUGGAGACCAUCACUGUGUAUGAAGAGAUCCUGAGGCAGGCUCGUUACCAGCUUCGUCACGGAGCCGCCCUGUAUGCCCGGAAAUUCCGGCUCUCCUGCUCUGAGAUGAAUGGCCGCUACUCCAGCAACGAAUUCAUUGUGGAGGUCAACGUCCUGCACAGCAUGAAUCGGGUGGCCCACCCCAGCCACGUGCUCAGCUCCCAGCAGUUCUUGCACCGGGGUCACCAGCCUCCUCCCGAGAUGGCUGGACACAGCCUGGCCAGCUCCCACCGGAACUCCAUGGUCCCCAGUGCUGCAACUCUCAUCAUUGUGGUCUGUGUGGGCUUUCUGGUGCUUAUGGUGGUCCUCGGCCUUGUGCGGAUCCAUUCCCUUCACCGCCGCGUCUCGGGGACUGGUGGAGCCUCGGGAGCUUCCACUGACCCGAAAGACCCUGACCUCUUCUGGGAUGACUCUGCUCUCACCAUUAUUGUGAACCCCAUGGAGUCCUACCAGAACCAGCAGGCCUGCGUAGCAGGGGCUGCUGGUGGCCAGCCAGAAGAUGAGGACAGCAGUGACUCCGAGGCAGCCGACUCCCCCAGCAGUGACGAGAGGCGCAUCAUUGAGAGCUCCCCACACCGCUACUGAGGCUCCAACCCUGCCAAGAGAGAGGCCUGGCCUGGGGAGACCGACACCCAGCAAAGAAAGGGAGAAAGGCAUUCCGAGAGAAGAGACACCAAGGGGGACAAAGAGCUCUGAACAGGAGUGGUCCUGCGAUCUUGGAACCCCUGGCAGGCCUCACACGGUUGCCCUCCUCCUCCAGCCUGCCCCUGCCUUGGGCUGCCCUUCCCCUGCCAUGAGGACGCCAUGAGGCGUCUGCCCCAGAUGGCUGCGCUGGGAGAGUGGCCGAAUGGCCUUGGCUGCCCUGUAGCCCACCCGUGCUGGCAUACCCCCGCCAGCCACGCGCUGUACUGGGGAGGGUACUCAACGGGAUUGGUGGGAGCCUGCUGCUGGGCCCUUCCCCACUCUAUCCUGUCCGAGGAGGCCUUCCUUCUGUCCAGCCUCCCUGCUUCCCUUAGGAUUCCCUCACCUCUGUUUCCACUUCACUCUGAGGAUCCCCGAUCCUCCCUCUUCUCGGUCUCCUCCCUCUCUUGUCCUCCUUUCCCCGCCUGCCUGAGCAGUCCGAAGGUCCUACAGUCCCCGUUCCUUUCUCCACGGCCUGCUUGUGCCUAGGUUGUGGGGAAGGCGGAGGGGUGGGCGCCCCGGGUGUAUUAUAUAUAGUGUAUAUUUUUUCAAUGUUGUCGUGAGCGCAGCUCCUGUGUUUCUGUGUGCAGCUCACAGCCUUGUAUGUGUGUGUGUGUGUGGCAUUGUCAUGUCUUGGGGUGAGGGUAGGGGAUGGGUGUGGGAAAGGAGGGACACACCCUAGGGGUUUUCAAAUAAAACAACCAGAAAAAAGCUGUA